AUGAAAAUCAUUCUUUUAUUAUCACUUACCACAAGUUUAAUGUUCAUUCCGUUUGCGCAUAUCUUUGCACAAACCACACGUACUUUCACACCUCAUUAUCAAGUCACAACAGUUGUUGGCAAUGGAGACAGUGAUUUUGCAGGUGAUGGUUCAAACGCAUUACUUGCAAGUUUAAACUCUCCAAAAGACCUUUUUCUUCAAGAAAUUGCAACCAACACUCAAAUCUUGUUCAUUGCUGACACAAACAAUCAUGUCAUUCGAAAAGCAAUUGUCAAUGGAACAAUACAAACUGUUGCAGGUAUUGGAAGAUCGAAUGGCUAUUCUGGAGAUGGUUUAUUAGCAACAAGUGCAAAACUUUCUCAACCAGUGGGUGUUUUUGUGUUUCAAAAUGAUUUGUAUAUUUGUGACAGUGGCAACAAUAGGAUUAGAAAAGUGAGCUCAUUCUCAGGUUAUAUUUCAACCAUUGCAGGCACUGGUGUGAAAGCCUCUACUGGUGACGGAUUGAGAGCUCAAUAUGCAAGUCUUGCCAUACCUAAAGGUAUUUUCUUUAAUGAUGCAGGUGAUUUCAUCAUUUCAGAAUUUGACUCUGACAAAAUUAGAAAAAUACUUGGAACGACAGGUGUGAUUAGUACCAUUAAUAAGGAUGCUUUUAACAAACCACAAGGAUUAUUUAUUACUUCAACAAAUGAAAUUUAUGUAGCCGAUUCAGGAAAUCAUCGUAUUCGAAAAAUUCUACCAACAUCGGGAAGUGUUGUGAAUAUUGCUGGAACUUCUAAAAGCGGAUACUCUGGAGAUGGGCUUGUUGCAACAUUCUCAAGUUUAAAUACACCAAGAGGAGUGUUUGUAAGUUCCAUUGGUGAGGUAUAUAUUGCAGACACCAACAACAAUAGGAUAAGAAAAGUGACUAAUAAUGGAUUACUGAUCGAUAUUGUUGGAAAUGGAAAUCAAGGAAAAUCCAUGGAUGGUCCUGUCUCAUCUAAUUUUAUGAUUGCUCAACCUGAAGCUGUCAGUGUUGCAUCUAAUGGCGAUAUUUAUUUCACAGAUACAAAUAACCACAUGAUUAGAAAAAUCUCAUGUCAAGAUGGUUAUGUGGGAAGUCAAUGUGAAAUACCUAUUUGUUUCAAUGUUUUGGGAAAUGAUACCAUGAAUGUUUGCAAUGGACAAGGACAAUGUAAAUCCCCAAAUCAAUGCGAAUGCAAUGGAAAUUACACAGGAUUAACUUGCAAUGUUACUGUUUGUUAUGGAAUUGCUUCAAAUAACGAAUCGGUAUGCAGUCGCAAUGGACUUUGUGUGGCUCCAAAUCAGUGCAAGUGUAAUGAUUUUUACACUGGAUCUAAUUGUUCCAUUCCAAUUUGUUUUAAAAAGUCCAUCUAUGGAGGUUCAAUGCCUUGUAGUGGACAUGGCGUUUGUGUGGCUCCCAAUCAAUGUAAUUGUUCUCUCAAUUUUAUUGGUAGAGAAUGUGAAUAUCCCAUUUGUUAUGGUUUUCCAUCCAAUGACACUCUCAAUAGUUGUAGUGGGAAUGGUGUAUGCAUGGAUGUGAAUAAUUGUUCAUGUCUGGAAGGAAAAUUUUCAGGUUCCAAAUGUGACAUUCCCAUCUGUUUUGGACAAACGACGACAACAAGUGCUUGUUCUCAACAUGGUACUUGUAUCAAACCUGAUGUUUGUCAGUGUGACAAAUCUUACACUGGAUUGAAUUGUGAAAUACCGAUUUGUUUUGGAAUUCCACAAAAUAAUUCAAAGGCAUGUAGUGGAAAUGGAUUUUGCUCCAAAAAAGACACUUGUUCCUGUCAUGAAGGUUAUAAGGGUGAACAAUGUCAUAUUGCAAUCUGUAAUGGAUAUGGAGCAGAUGACACCAAACGAGUCUGUAAUGGAUUAGGAGUUUGUGUAGCUCCUAAUUUGUGUGAAUGUGUCACUGGCUUUGCAGGUAAUAAUUGUGAAACAUCGAUUCAACUGGCCAUAAUUUUAGCGUCAGUGCUUGGACCUUCAUUACUUGUCAUUGCUUGUUUAUUGAUUAUUGUCCUUUUCAUAUCAGCAACCAUGGCUAGAAGAUUAUUAAAAAAGAGAAGAGCAGAAAGGGAAUAUGCGAAAAAGUUGUUGGAGAGUGAAAUGGCUCUUACAGACUCAUUGAUUGACUUUGAAAAUUAUAGACCAUCAGAAUCGUAUAUUAUUCCCAUUGAGGAUGUAAAACUCAUUGCUCAACUUGGUGAAGGCUCUUAUGCAAAAGUUUUUCGAGGAAUUUGGAACAAGACUCCAGUGGCAGUAAAAGUGAUCACUCUUGACAUGUUAGAAACCGACGAAGAAGAUUUUAAAAAAGAAGUACGAGUGAUGAAUUCACUCUCUCAUCCUAACAUUGUUGCGUUUUAUGGAUUGAGUAUGUGUGAAAGAGAACGAAGAUUAAUCGUUGAGCUUGUCGAUGGAGGUAAUUUACAAAAUUUUAUUUACAAUUUGAGAAAUGGCAAUGUGAAGGCAACUUUUGGAAGAAAAAUUAAGAUUUUACUGGAUGUUGCAAACGGUCUAACGUACUUGCAUCAAAGAAAUCCUUCUGUGGUACAUCGAGAUUUAAAACCUGCAAAUAUUUUGGUGACAAGCUCUAAUGGCUCUUGCAAAAUAUGUGACUUUGGACUUUCAAAAUUUGGCCAAUUAAGUUUAGGAACUGUGAGAAUAGGAACAUUCUUUUAUAUGGCAGAAAUUAUUGCACCAAAAUCCACAUCGAUGAAUAUGAAAAUUCCUCAAACCAAUCAUCGUCACUCAACUCCAAGCGAGUCAGUUUUCACAGAAAACGAAGGAUUCCAACUCGAUCAAAUGAUUGACGAAGCUGCCAUGUUCGAAGAUGAAGCAAUCUAUGGUCCACCAGUCGAUAUUUAUUCACUAGGAAUUAUAUUUUGGGAAUUGUUUUUUGAAGAGAAUCCAUACGAGUUUAAAAACAAAGACAAACUUUGUCUUUACAAUAAUCCAGAAUUUGCCAAACUUCAUUCAUGUCCUACCCACAAAAUUAUUAAUAUGAUUUCAUGUGGCCUGAGACCUAUUAUCCCAUUCAAGUCAGAACGUGAAUGUUGUGAAUGGUUACAAUUGUAUUACGGAGAAGAUUUGAACUGUAAGGUACUAUUUCCAUUUGUGAUUCGAUAUUUACAAUUAAUGAAAAUGUGUUGGAAACAAAAUCCUGAUGAAAGACCUUCCGCCUCGCAAGUGGCCAAAACUCUCAAUCAAAUUUUAGAAGAUUAUGAGAACUGUUGUAAAUAA